AUGUCAUCACCGGCUCAGAAAGAAAUCAGAACUAUGAAGGAUUUCUUGGAGGAAACUGAAAUGCAUUUACUUGAAUGCAAGGUCUGCUUUGAAAGGUACAGACAGCAGCAGAGACGCAGGCCCAAAAACCUUCCCUGUGGCCAUACUAUGUGCCAAGACUGCGUCUCCUCUCUCUGCCGUCUUGGAAAUGAAAGGCUAGAGUGCCCAUUCUGCCGCAAAGCCUGUCGUAAGCAGGAUACUAGUGUGUGUCUCCCUAUUCUACACCUUUUAGAGAUCUUAGGACGGGUUGUUCCCGAUCAGCCUGAAGCUUCUUCUGCAGACUGCGCAAGAAGUCAAGUGACAAAACUUGAAUCUGCAAGUUUCAACCUUAGCGUCUCGUUUGGUGGUUGGGGUGUACUUUUUAAUCCAAGUGGCAUUGCUUUCUGUACCAAAACCAAAUGCUUGGUCGUGUCGCAUGAUGGAAAGAAAAGAAUCGCCAGAUUCACAAUGAAUGGGAAGUGCUUGCAACAAACUGGGGCGAAAGAGGAUUCUGACAAUGCCGUUAUUUACCCAGCUGAUGUAGCAGUGACCUUUGAUGGUUUCAUAAUUGUGACAGACACAGGGGAUCAUUCCCUUAAGGUGUUCAGUCAAUCUGGGAUGUGUAAGUUGGUGGUUAAGCAGCCGUUCAGCUUGCCCUGGGGCCUGGGCAUCAACUCCAAAAAUGAAGUCAUGGUAUCUGAUCCUGACAAUGGAAAUCUUGUUCUCUUAGCUGUAGACUUUGACAAUGGAAACAUCCAAAAAUGUUUAGACGUUUGUUCCCAUUUGACCCACCCCAGAGAGAUUGCUGUGUGCCCAAGAAGCGGGGAGGUUAUCGUGGUAGAGCACCUAGCCAAGAACGGCAAAAACUCUUACAGUACCUGCUUGAAACUUUUUAGUAGUCAGAUGAAACUCAUGAGGCAAAUUGAUAGUUUCAGCUUGAGCUUGCUUCUACCUUUAGCCGUCCAUACUUCUGGGGUGGCAUUUGACCGGUCCGGUAAUAUUUUGCUAGUAGACAUCAAUAAUAGAUGUGUCAUUUGCCUUCACAGAAUGGAAGGGUUUAAUACCAUAAAGCAUAUUGUUGCCAGUGGCCUAUCGUACCCGGUGGCAUUGGCUGUGUUAGAAGACGGUUCUGUUGCUGUGUUAGACAGUGGUAAUCACUCCGUUCUAAUUUAUUCUCCAUAAUCAUAGGGAAAUCUUCACUCCAGCAUGUUUUCUCUAAGUACUAAAAUGUAUAUGUUUAAUCGCAGCAUAUAGAAAACAAGGUAGACCUCAUAAUCUAUUCAAAAUCUAUCGGUGACAUUAUUGUCCACAAAAACUGUUCUGGGCAUGUGUAAUGUCUAUAAUAGGGGUUAGCAACCUCCGGCACUCAAGCUGUUGUGAAACUACAACUCCCAGCCGAGAGUUCUGAGAACAGCCAAGCAGGUGUGCGUGCUGGGAGUCGUAGUUUCACCACAGCUGGAGUGCCGAAGGUUGCUGUUCUCUGGUCUAUUAUAAAAUGGU